CCGCUGUUGCAGCUCCGCCAGCGCGCACUGCCUGUCCUCUUCACACAGACUGUUGCUCUACGAUAUAUAACUCUUAAUAAUGCACGGCCAUGACUCUCUACUGCUUUUCUUCUCUUUUAUGCUCUUUCGCAUCGGACUGAAUGCAAUAUCAGCGGAAUCGUCCAUGUACGAGACAGAUGUGGUCAUUCCACAGGAGCUGCGGCCAGAUGAGGUGCACCUGCUCCAGGGAGCCUACAGGUGGAGCAGAGGUCGCAGACGACGCUCGGACCAUCAGCAGGAGGAUCACCUGUUUCUACGGCUGCCAGCUUUCGGAAAGGAGCUUUACUUACAGCUCCAGAGAGAUGACUCCUUCCUUGCCGAGGGGUUUGUUACGGAGGAGAGGGGCGAGGAGGGCAGAGUUCAGCACGAGCCAGUUCUAAGGGUCAGACGGUGUUUCUUUACCGGAGCCGUUCUAAAUCACACGGACUCUAUCGCCUCAUUGGACACUUGUGGUGGACUGACUGGCCUGGUUCAGACUGAAGAGGAAAGACUGUUCAUUGAGCCAGUGGGCCAGGCCGCGGAUUCCUUCUCGGGCUGGAAACACAGAGUGAUCCGGGAAAAGCAUUCUUCAUCAGACGGACCUGCUACUGCAGAAGACAGAGGCCCGGAAUUUUGCCAAACCAUCCAAGACAAGAAGAAGGAGAAAAGGGCAAAAGGAGCAGAGGAGGUGCGCAGCAAGAGGAACGCCAUCAGGCUGAGCAGAGAGUACACGGUGGAGACGGUCGUGGUGGCUGACGCUAACAUGGUGCAGUAUCAUGGAGCUGAGGCCGCCCAGCGCUUCCUGCUCACCGUCAUGAACAUGGUGUACAACAUGUUUCAACACCAGAAUUUGGGUGUGAGGAUCCAUAUCCGGGUCACCAAGUUGGUUCUCCUGCACACCCGUCCAGAAAAGCUGAAGGUGGGCCACCAUGGAGAAAAAGCCCUGGAGAGCUUCUGUCACUGGCAGAAUGAGGAAUACGGCGCACGAUACCUGAGAAACAAUCACGUUCCUGGGAGCAGAGAUGAUCCUCCUCCUGUGGACGUGGCUGUGCUAGUCACCAGAACAGAUUUUUGUGUCCAUAAAGAUGAGCCUUGUGACACAGUUGGAAUCGCUUAUCUGGGCGGCACCUGUAGCUCCAAGAGGAAGUGUGUGCUGGCGGAGGACAACGGACUCAACUUGGCCUUCACCAUCGCUCAUGAGCUUGGCCACAACAUGGGCAUGAGCCAUGAUGACGAUCACGCCAGCUGCACGGGCCACUCUCACAUCAUGUCCGGGGAAUGGGUCAAAGGUCGUAACCCCAGUGACCUCUCCUGGUCUAGCUGCAGUCAUGACGACCUGGAGAAGUUCCUCAGAUCGAAAGCAAGUGCCUGUUUGCUGCAUACUGACCCACGUAACCGCUACCUCAUCCGUCUGCCGGCCAAACUUCCCGGGAUGCACUACAGCGCUGAUGAACAGUGCCAGAUCCUCUUCGGCACCAACGCUACGUUCUGCACUGACAUGGAGCACCUGAUGUGUGCUGGUCUCUGGUGUUUGGUGGAAGGAGACACAUCAUGCAAAACCAAACUAGAUCCACCGCUGGACGGCACAGAAUGUGGAGCCGACAAGUGGUGCAGGGCGGGUGAGUGUGUCAGUAAGACGCCCAUCCCGCAGCAUGUGGACGGAGACUGGAGUCCAUGGAGCACGUGGAGCAUGUGCAGCCGAACAUGUGGCACAGGAGCGCGCUUCAGACAGAGGAAAUGUGACAACCCCCCACCCGGUCCAGGAGGAAAGUACUGUCAGAAGACCAGCGUGGAGCACAAAGUGUGUGAAGGGCCGCCGUGUUCGAAGGGUCUGCCCACAUUUAGAGACCAGCAGUGUCAGACUCAUGAUCGGCAGGCCAGUAAGAAGAAAAGCCAGAUGUGGACAGCUGUGAUCAAUGAUGAAAAGCCAUGCGCUCUGUAUUGUUCACCGAUUGGCCAUGAUGAGCCGGUACUAGUUGCAGAGCGUGUGCUGGACGGAACGCCAUGUGGACCUUACGAGAGUGACCUGUGUGUCAGUGGAAAAUGUCAGAAAAUCGGCUGUGACGGCAUCAUUGGUUCUUCUGCAAAAGAAGACCGGUGCGGCGUCUGCAACGGUGAUGGCAAAUCCUGCAGGAUCGUCAAAGGAGACUUCAACCACUCCAAAGGAAUGGUCCCUCAUAGCCUUUGUAAGAAGGUUUCUACGUGUGUGAUGUCGAAACCCAGAGCUGUUCUCAAGUGUUUCUCAUGUUACAUCGAGGCAGCUGUCAUUCCGGUGGGAGCUCGGCGAAUCAAAGUUGUGGAAGACAAACCGUCCCAUAGCUUUCUGGCACUGAAGGACUCCAGCAAGCGAUCCAUAAACAAUGACUGGAAAAUCGAGCUGCCAGGGGAGUUUGAGCUUGCUGGCACUACAGUCCGCUACGUGAGGAGAGGAUUGUGGGAAAAAAUGUCGGCCAAGGGACCCACAAAGACUCCACUCCACCUUAUGGUUCUCCUGUUCCACGACCAGACAUACGGGAUCCAUUAUGAGUACACGGUUGCCCUGAACCAGUCGCAGGAGAUCAGCGGUCCGGUGAAGGAACCAGAGCACAUGUACCUGUGGACUCACAGCAGCUGGGAGGACUGCAGUGUCCACUGUGGAGGAGGGGAGAGAAAGACUGUGGUCUCAUGCAUGAGAAUCGUUAACAAGAGCAUGACUCAAGUCAACGACAGCUACUGUCAGGUGGAGAACAGACCCGUGCCUCAGGUCCGCCACUGCAAUAUCCACCCCUGCCAAUACAGGUGGGUGACAGGCGAUUGGGCGCAGUGUUCAGUAACCUGUGGGAAAGGCUUGCAGCAGAGGGAAGUUGGCUGCGUGUACCAGCUGCAAAAUGGCACGUACAUCCCCACCAGAGACCUGUACUGUCUGAGCUCCAAACCAGCCAGCAUACAGCACUGUGAGGGACGCCUCUGCCUCACCAUCUGGGAGGCCUCCGAAUGGUCCAAGUGCUCCUCUGAAUGUGGUCGUGGCAGCAGGAAGAGGACAGUGACCUGCACCAAUCCUCAGGGUCUCUGUGAUCCCAUGUCUCGUCCUGCAGAUGUGGAGAUGUGCGAGGAUCACUCCAAAUGUUACGAGUGGAAGACCGGAGAAUGGUCUAAGUGCUCAUCAUCAUGUGGGCGGGGCCUGCAGUCCAGAGUGGUCCAGUGCAUGCACAAAGUGACCGGUCGCCAUGGCAGCGACUGCCCUGCCGUCCUGAAGCCCACCGCUUACAGGCAGUGUCAUCUUGGGACUUGUAAUGUGAAAGUCAAUGUGAACACCAUCACCUCCCCGAGACUGGCUGCAUUGACGUACAAGUGCACGGGGGAUCAGUGGGCGGUUUACUGCAGGGUGAUCCGGGAGAAGAACCUGUGCCAGGACAUGCGCUGGUACCAACGCUGCUGCCAGACCUGCAGAGACUUUUACAUCAGCAAAAUACCCCUUAAGAGUUAAUGACCCCGGCACUUCCACACAUAGGUUUAUUUUUGCCUUCUCCAUUUGUAAUGUCAAAAACAAUAUUUUUUAUUCUUAUUAAAAAAUUUCUUACGUGGAAAAAAAAAAGGAAAGCAGUGGAACAGAUAUUUCCAGCAAAACACACUCUAUGCAAGUACGUAAACGUAAGCAUUUCCAUGCAUUACUUUAUCACCCCCUGCACUGAGUAUGUACUUGCAGUGUGUUUGCCAAGCGUUUGCGUACUUGCAUUACGUUUGUUUCUUGUUUACGGACUUGAAGGUUUCUUGUUUUGUCAUAUUUUGCUGUGAUCCACAUUUUGGCCCUGGAAGUGUCUUCUUCAGCAUACUGGCCUGCCUGUUGCACUGUGGAUAAAGCUCAUUUCACCAAAAAUUGAUUUCUUAAGGCCACUGGUUGGCCAAUAACUGAUGGACUUUGUAACAACACAUCCGUAUCAACAAUCUUUUGUUUUGUUUUUGAGGUUAUUAUUAUAUAUACCCGUCUUGUCUCAUUUUGGCUCUGUAACCAAAACCUAGUGAGCUUCCUUGCUCCUUCAAUCACAAUUGAUUUCAGUAGAGUCUAGAAAUGACCUGUUUCUAAGCUAACAAUGCAGUACUCUAGGAACACACGGAUAUUGAAUAGCAUUGUACUUUUUUAUUAAACUGAACAAUUUUAUUUGUAAACGCUUUUAGGUACUGAAAGUUUUUUUUUUUUUUUUACAGUAUAUAAUCAUUUUUUUUUUAAGUUCAAUUUAACUUCAAUUUAGAAGUUUUCUGAGCUUGUUGCAGUGCAUUUAUACUUAUGCUUUUGCAUCUUACAUUGCAUUCAUGCAAUUUACAUUUUUGACGUCAGUUCCGAAUCGAACCCAUGAUCUGGCUGUUGCUAGCAGCAGGCUUGAUUGCAUAAUCUGUUUAUGCAAAAUCAGAUAAUAAAACCUUGAUCAUGCAUAUAAUAAUCUAGCAUAAUCUAUUAUUGCAUGCAUUGAAUAAUAACAUAAUCUAUUCUUGCAUGCAUGCAUGGAAUAAUAGAUUAGGCAGUGCAUUAUGGUAGUUCUCAUUCUCUGCAUCUUUACCAAAAGAAGUCAUCUUACAAGGUGGCACAAUCAUGCUGCCUACAUUUUUGAACAGCUGAGAGCCUUAAAAUACUGCCUUCAUAGGCAGCUCACUAGGUUUUGGAAAAGAGCUGAAUUAGCUUGUGUUAUUUAAUUCAUCAAGAGCCAUCUCGAUGCAGUCGAACAGCCAAGCUGAUAAUAGAUGACCUGUUCCAAUAGUUAGGUUUAUGUAUUUUAUAUCAAACUGAGGCUAAUUAGUGACUCUCUCAGAGAGGACACCGAAUGUCUCACCUUUUCUCUUGAGUAAUUAUAUUAUUUACCACACUCUCUGUGUUUUAGGAACUUGUUGUGUUGUUUCAUAUAUUUUAACAGAGCAAGGCACGUGAUCUCCACUGCAUCGUCAAAGGACUGGUGCCUGUGGUGCAUCAUUAGUUCACCCCAAAAUGAAAAAUGUCUCAUUUACUCAACCUCAUGUCAUUCUGAACCUGUAGGCUGAUCUUUUCUUUUGAACACUAGAAUUUUUCAAUAAUGCUGAAUUUUGCAAAGAGGUAUCCUUUUAGAAAUAUAGUGUGAUAUAAACAGACACUUUUUAUGGUGCUUUAGGUCUUUUUUGGAGUCUGAUAUCCUCAACUAACUGUGCUUUCAACAUUCUGGAAAAGAUUGCAUUAACAUUCUUCAAAUAUUCUCUUUUUUUAUUCUUCAGAAUAAAGAAAGUAAUGCAGGUUUUGAAGGACAUAAGGAUAAAUAAGUGCAUUUUUAAUUUUGGAUGCACUGUUCCUUUAAGAUGCAGUGAAAUCAGGUUAAUGACCGUUUAUGUGUCUAAUGUCAGAAUCAUUCAUUAGUCUGCUGGUGCUGCAGUGCCAUAACUAAUGCACUCAAACACACUAAGAGCUACUCUUGAGUCUUUAUGCUUGUAUAUACAGUGUGAUUCAUUUCUCAUCGGUAUGGGACAAUAAUGCCUUCAUUUAAAUGUAGUUCUCACAUUGUGCAAUUUUAAUUUUAGCACAAAUAUUACAAAAAUAAAUUUGCAAGGUACGUUACAGUCAGGAUGUGGUGAGAAAAUGUGAAAUUUUAGGUUUGUAUUUCAUAAAAGCCCCCCUGGCCAAGGGUGACACCGCAUAUGUGUGCAUGAGAGACGGUUUUAAGGCCUACUGAGCUACAUAGGGAGCAUCCUUACUGACAUGAAACCUCACUAGUGACCAAACUGGUGUGCACUUCAAAGCCAGCUGAUUGAGUUUUAUGCUGCUUCAGUAAAGCGUGAAAUGCAUAGCGUACACACACCAUCGAUGCCUUUAAAUGCUCACUAGGUUUUGGAACAGAGCAUGUAUAUGUGUGUGUGUUCGAGACCUUGGCUCUCAUCUACCAGGUUGCACAAGGUCACAACAGGUGCUAGACAAAUUUCACUACUGUGAAAUUCAGCAGUUUCUCCACGUUUUGUUCUUGUACUUCUGUAUGUAUUUAAUGAAACGUGUUUUUAAAUGUUUGUUAGGAUUAUUUAAUACAUAUUGUAUCUACCUGCUUCUGUCAGAAUGAUUCAUUUUGCAACAGCUUCAUGUUCCAGGUACAGUGAAUAUUGCUUCUGUAUUCCAGUACUGUAUGUCAGUAGGUGCACAUGUGAUCGGUACUGCCACUUUUGAUGGUGCUAAUUUGAACUUUUCAGACUGUUUGUACAAAAAAUAUAAUAAUAAUAAAUGUAUAUCCUGUAUUAUGA